GUAACAAUCAUAAUGGACGAUGAUAUUGAUAUUUAUGGAGAUUUGGAAAAUUUCGACGAAAAAAGAGACGAAAAUUGUUCUUCGACUAUCUCAGAGUUGAAAUUGGAAACAAAAAAAUUAGAAAAUCACACCCAAGAAUUGAAAAAAAAGAUUAAAAAUUUAGAAGCCACCAAUAAUACUUUGAAGAUAAACUUGUCAUCACUUUUGAAGACAGCCAAAAAUGAAAUUGUAAGAAAAGACCGUAUUAUAGCUGAAUUAAGACAACAAUUGAACAAUAAAACAUUUCGCAGAAAUUCUUCUGAACAAUUUAAAUUCAACAAGCCUAAUGAUCUGAAUGUCAAAUCUCAAUCCCAGAAUAAAUUUGACGAAAUCAAUGUUAAACAGGAACCAAUAUGUAAAAUCAAUGAGCCUGUACAUGAUAAUUCGAUCAUUUUAACAUUUGUUCCAAACAAAAAAUUCGAAGAAAAUGAUAACUUUGUGCCUACCGUUUUCGGUCAAAGACUAAAAAAAAAAUUACGUGAAGAAGAAGAAACUGCCAAGUUAGAAAAUAUUCAAUUAAAACGAUUAACUCUUAAAUCUAUUAUUCAAGAAGAGAAGAAAAGUGAUAAAGGUGAUAAAGAAAAUCAAUUAUUGAUUUCAUCAAGUAACAAUCAAGGCGGUCAAAAUCUGUAUAAAACAUCUUCAAAAAGAUCAAAUGAAACGGAUUCCAGCAUCAAUCUUGAUAAACGAAUAAAACUCGAAGAAGAUAAUAAUGAAGACAAUAAAAUUCAAGAAAAAAAUCUACUUGAACAAAAUACAAAAAAAAAUAUUUCUAUCAUGAAUACAGAUGUUUCUUGUAAAAAUGGUGUAAUUGAACCAAUCUUAAAUAAAAAGCAUGGACCAUUGGAUUCAUCAAACAAUGAAUCAAAAACUAUUGACUCUUCAACUAACAGAACUCUUGAUCAAAUGAGAAAAGACAAAAAAGAUUCAUCGAAUAGUUCAAAGAAAAAUAUCAAUAGUCGCCCACUUGAUAAUCCUUUAGAACUUUUCAAUAAAAAAAAUACUGUGACUGUGACAUCUUUUUCGAGUUCUACUAAAAAAAUUAUUAUACCAAGGCGGCGGAAAGCUGCUCAUUUAACCGAUAGUUCAACUUCAAUGACAAUAGUUGUAAGUCAAAAUAAUAUCAACGAUAUUGUAAAUAAACAAAAAAUUAAAUCAUCUUAA